UCUAUUUAUUAGACUUAUUAUUAUUAAUUAGACAAAAUAAAGACAUUCUAAGUCUCUAAGACUAUUUGACUAAACUAAUAUAAUGUCACUAAUUUGUAUAGAUCUAUAUUAAUAUUGAAUAUUCAAGGAACUGACAGUAACUUAACAUAAACAUAACUUCAAAACUUGACAUAAGUCAAAUAAGACAUGAUAAGAUGAUAAGUGACUAAGACCGACUAAGUCAUAAGUUAAGUGGUGAGUUCGUAAGACCCGUAAGUUAGGGCGUAAGUCGACAUUCUAGUCUACUGAAUUGAGACUACAGUGUCGUGAGGAACCAAUUUAAGUUAUAUUGAAGUUGGAAGUUUUUAUAUAUUACGAGUCUAGUAGGAGUCACUGCAGUGAGUUUGAGUGAAUGAUUUGAAUUAAAAUCAAAGUUUUCAAAAUGAUGGCUUAUGUGUGAUCUCUUCUCUGCUCUCACUGUGAAAAGAACACAAUAAAAAGAAAAACAAUAACAGAUGAUGGAAUAAGGUCAUGAGUGGUUACAGUAACAUUAAAAACAGCUACAUUAGUAGUAGCAGUUGGAGCAACCAUGUAACAAAUACAGUUCAACAUUUUACAGAAGCCCCAAAUGAAGCCUUAUACAAUAAUUACCAAUCGCACGCAAGUAGUAAAAAACAAAGUAGCCAGCAAGCUGUUUUGAAAAGGAAAAGCCAAAAUGUGUAUACCACCAACUGGAACUCAGAUUGUCUGGAAGAUGAUGUUACGAGCAACUCACAAAGUGAGCUUCUGCGUAGAAAAAGCAGAGAGAUUCAGGAAGUAUUAAAAAAGACAAGUAGCGGACUUAUGUCUGCUAGUAACAAUAAAAAAACAUCAACAUCUGCAUUUAAAACUCAGGUAAACAUUUUGAAUGAUGACAGUUUUGAUGUGAAAAGGAGUCAAUUAAAACAUGUACUUCUGGCUCCGGAUCGCAGAUCACUUACUGGCAAUGAAAGCUCAGGUGUAGAAAUUUUUAAAAAAUUAUUUGGUAUUACUCUCUUUGAAUACAACAAUGGCAAAGCUAAAUGGAAUCCUUCUAAAGAUCGCAAACUUGUUGUGCAGGAUGUAAUAGAAGGUUCAAUAUCAUAUACGACAGGGAAGAUUCACAGAGGUGAUAUGUUGGUAUGUAUAAACGAUACAGAAGUUACCUGGCGUAAUUUCACUCGUCUGAUUCAUUCUUUAAAGAAAAGAGAACCUACAAAGCUCACUUUUCAAUCUCCAAAGAUCAUUGGACCUAAACCAGCUAGUUCUAUUCUUAAAGUUCCAGAAGGGGAUCUUUGCUUAGCUGUACUUGGUAAACGAUUAAGUCAAAUCCAGUUUGAACUCUCUCAGUUCAAGUGUGUGGCAAUGUUCUUGACUCUGGUACCAAGCGAUAAGGAGGAAGACUGUAAGGAUGAUAUUGUUUACUUGUUUCCUCACGAUGAAGAAAAGUUGACUUCACUAAGGGGUCUAUUUAUGACUAUCUGUUCUUUUCUAGUAGAUGUUGUUGAUCAGCCUGCGACAUGCUCACAUUUAACUUUUCCUGAUGGUGAUGUAGCUGUUACUUACAAACAGUGUGGUCGUGAUGUUUUAGUCUUUGCUAUGCCAGAAAACAGGAUAAGAUCCUUAGCAUUACAGUCAGUGAUAGAAGCUUUUGUUGCUUUAAUGGUGCUAUUAUUUCAAGAUGUUAAAAGUGCAUUCUCUGAGUGUGACAGUGUGUGUUUGGACAAAGUUCUUGCGCUGAUGUUUCACCAAGCUCUUGGGCUCACUUCCAGUCUUUCACCACUUACUCACUCUGCCAUGUAUGACACGUCACUGAUGACACUGCAUGACUAUCACACAGCUCGGCUUAUCACUUUGUCGCAUGAAAAUCAGUUACUAUGUGAUGAAAUUUUAACAGAGUUUGAGUCCAUGGACUUUGAUAAUUACUUGGAUGCAAAAGAUCUCUUCUCCAAGAGACAAUAUGUAAUUCAAGGGACAUGUCUGUUUUAUAAGGAAUACAUUGUGUGCAGCCAUUUGUUGCCUCAGCAGCAGCGGCACAUCAACCUGUUCAUGAACUGCCAUGGUCUUCUGACGUUGUCGGCCAGACGGGAUGUUAGCGAGGUGAUGGUUUGGCAGGAGCUGAAGUUGUACUCUUCCAAGGAUGCCUCUGACUGCCCUGUGGGCUUCAAGCCCAUCAGGUCCAACACUUACCUUAUGAUCAUUGGUCAGAAGCAUUAUUAUUUGGUUGUCAUUGUGGAAGGAAGUGAUCAGAGUGUACCAUCAGGUGUUGGUCCUUCAAGUCUCUUAGAGAAACAAGCCAGGGUAACUUUGGAUCAGCUUGACACUGAGGAUGUUCACAUGUCAGUCUGCUGUGAAGAAAGGUUGAAUUCUUUAUUAGAUGGUGUGUUAUUAAGUUCCGCAGAGCAACUAAGCUCAGUCAGCUCACCAAGAAGAAGAUCAGAGGUCUCUCGCAACUCAAGAUUAUCUUCGUCUAGCAAGUCAGCAGCAGAUAGUUUAUUUCUAUCACGGUCUAAAUCAGCUGAUAGAAUGGAGAAAGAGUUACCUAAUCUGGGUGAUUUAAACGGUGGUGUAAUGAUGAGGCGACACGGCAGCAAAUUAUCCUAUGGCUCAAAUGAUUCAGCCGGCAGCAGCAGCAGCACUGGACCUCCAAGAAGUAAAGGCAGCAGAGUCAGUUCUAUAACUGAUCUCACAGGUAUAGCCCGCAGCCUUUCAUCUUAUCAAAUAGAAACACCUCUAGAUAUUUUCAAAAAUUCCAGGUUGGGUCGUGGUAAGGAGAACACAUUGUUCAGCUACAUUCAUUUUGAAUCUGGGGAGGGCAUCAUGAUCUGCCCAACAGAGGUAGAGCUCAGUGAGGUUCACUCAGGUCUACAGGAUCAAGUCAUGAGUCGAUUUAUAGUGUCUUGCUGUCAAAUAAAGGCUUUAUUUACAGAGCAGACUCUAGAAGAAGAUGCUUCCAAGCCAGUGGUUUUCAAUGCAAAUACUCUAACAGAGAAAACCUGUAGGGAAGCUGGAGUGAUGUUUCAAUGCAUGUAUCAACAGCCUUAUGGUCCAGAUAGAAAGCAGCAAAUUUCUUCACUUUGUUUUUGGGUUGUUGGGAGGCGCUUGCAGUCUUCAAAACAAGUACAGCAAGAAAUGUAUGUAUGUUUUCAUGAGUCUACAAAGCAGUCAGUGGUUGAAAUGGCGUUCUCACUAGGUUUUGGAAGCUGAUUGGUUUCAUUAGUUUUUUAAUGUCCACAAUGUUUCAAGUUCUAUUUUAGGAUUCUGUGUUUAUUCUUCAGUAUUACACAACACUUUUUUGGAUGAAAUGCUUUUGAAAAUAUUUAAGAAAAAACAACAUUAGCUUACUAACAGAUGAUAAUUUUGUUUUAAAAAAAACAAUUUCUAAAAUUGCAUUUCAUUUUAAAUAGAAAAACAUAGUUGUAACUUAUGGGUCAAAGCCCCAGAAUAAUGUCUUAAUACUUUAAAUAGUUUUAUAAUGGCUUUUGGGAUUUUACACACAGUCAUAAAGAAUAUGUCGACAUGUCAUUGGACUUAGUGUUUUGUUUUGUAUAGACAUACUGAUUUGGAUUUGACUCUUAGUGCUGCAUACUGAUAGCCUGGGCUUCCAUUGCUAGUUAAAUUAUUGUAGAGUGGUUAAUUACAGCAUCAUAAACAUUUGUUCAGCAGAUGGGAUAAAAGAUGGGAUCCCUAAGGAAAUUUCUGUUAAGCUAUAAUAAUGACCUAAUGACAGUUGGUUAAUGAUGUGCUGGCCACAAAACAGUGGUAUGAAUUUAAAAACUUUGGCAAAUUAUCAAUUUUACAAUUGAAUGUUUCCAUUAACCAAUUAUGAUCGAAUUUACUAUAUUUAACUUAGUUCCUCCCACGCCCAUUGGCUCAUGGAGCAGCUAACUCUCCUCAGAGAUCGGUCCACAGCCUCUUCACAGCUGGUUACCACAGAUUUACAACAUCGGGCAAUGUUAUCUAACUUUCUCAUAUAAGAAAUAUUAUUGUACAGUUCAAAUUAAAUGAGAACUUUCAUAGAUUCCAAUAGGCUUAAAGAGCAGCUAUGCAGCUUUCUUACAUUCCACAUCUACCAGACAUUGGUGAACCCUAUGGUCAGCCAUCUUGUCGACUUUAUGUGCAUUACAUAGAAUGGUGCAAUAAAAAGGUUGUUGUAUGUUUGUGUUUAAAAUUUGAGAUUUUUAUUAUCCUAAAAUUUGUUUAUGAAAAUGUACUUGUUGCUUUUCUGAAACUUUUGUUUAAAGUGUUUUGUCACCUAAAGCCAACUUCAACAUUCCAUUACUUUGAUUUGCCAAAAUUUAUAUUUUAUACCAUAAAAAAAUUUGCCUUCAUUUUUACACAUAUUUUAUCCAAUCAAUGCAUUCUGUUUUUAUUUGUAAAUUUGAAUAUAUUUAAAUUGUGUCAUUCUUUUUUUCUUUUUUUUUUUAAAUUUGAAAUUUGAGGAGAAUUGGAGUAUUUAAAUUGCAUUUCUACAAUCUGUGACAUUUGCCAUACAAAUUAGCAAGAUCUAAUAAAUGUGCAUUGCUCUUCCAUAGCUGUAAUUAUAAGAUAAAUCUUGUUUUGAAAUGUUCAAAAAACUUUCAUUUUUGUUUAUUUUACACUGUUGUAGGUGAUGUCAUUUUUUAAUGUUUGGACACUGUUUCUUAUACUCCAUAAUGUUACACUUAGGUUGUAAAUGGUUUAAAGAUGCUGUAACGAGCCUGUUUAAGGUGUACCAUGUCCAGUUUAUUCAAAACCUUAUUUAAAGGUUGUGCCUUUUUUUUUUUACAAGCUUUUAAAGAAAACAUGUUUUUUUUUCAGACGUGGUAGUUGCUAAAACAUUUUUUUUGGUGCUAUUUCUUUUUUUUUCUGGUGUGCUGUAAAAUAAAAACACGGAAAUGAAACAUUUGAAAAAAACACUUUCUCCCUUUUUAUUACAAUUUAGGAGAUGCAAUAGUGUUGUUUUUUUUCAUCACAUUCAUUUUACAGAUACCUUUUUUUUUAUUGUUUUUAUUUAGCACAUCUGUCAUGAUUAUAGCAUUCUUAGUGGUCUGUAGUCCAAUCUCUUUUGUGGACCAGUGGGAGAAGCGGGUAUCUAGCAAAAUGUUUCCAUGCUGCCUUUAGGCACUUAGCAAACAACUCUGCUGGAGUCAGGAAACACAACUCUGCUGGAUUCAGGAUUUGAACUUGAGCCCUCUUGUUAGACAGAAGUGGUUUUAGCCUCUUAGCCACACAUCCCACAACUUAGCAAGUCAUGAAAAAUAUCUUCAUCUUAGUUUUGAAAUAUUUUGUAUAGAGAUUGACUAAUGUGACUCAUUCUUGUAUUAGUAGUAAAAGUAUCCAUGUCAUUGUUGGUUGGCUACUGUCAAACUAGCCGAAAAAUAUGAUAUGGAUAUUGUAGUUCAUAUACGAUUCUCCAAAUAUUAUAUGCCAGGGACAAAUAUUUCUCGGGUGCUCUAAGUGUUGCCUUUAGUUAAAUCCAGCCCUCUAUCUGCAUAGUGUAGUCUUAAGCUUUGUCUUUCCAAGUGUUUUCCUCUGUGUCCACCUCUUUUAAAUCCCUUUUAAUAUAAUCUAUGUUAAUGGGAUGACCAGUUAUUCCUCGUAUCCAACACUGGCUGCCUAUGGAGAAUGAUGUUAGGGAUUCAUUUGUUCUUUAUAUGCUGACACAACUAGUAGAGAUUUAUUAGUGAAUAUGGGGUGUGGUUUCAUUGCAUUUUUCAGGGAGAAAUGAAACAUUAGUAACUUCUCCUGCUUGUGUUAUUCAAAAUGCUUUUUGGAAAUCCUUAUGCAACUUUCAGAAAUCAAUGGCAUAAUAAUGAAUGAACAUUUAUUUUGUAUUGUUUGACUACAAAAUAUUUUGAUAUUAUUUUCUAUAAACUUUUCAAUGCUUUAAAAUUAAUUUCAUGCACUCACAGAGACUUAUGGACAAAUUAGAAGUUUUUUUCUUAUUUUAUGAAACUCAAUAAUUUUCUCUAGUGUAUUUCACACAGAAAGUUUCUAUUUAGAGCUUCCUCUUGGGAGUUAGCCAUUUUUUAAGGCAAUAACAAGAAAUUAAAUACAAUAAAACAUUUUGUUUCAUGCAUGCUCUUUGUGUAUUAUUUAUACUUUUGUAUCUAGCACUUCAUCUGUUUACAAAUUAAUUCUUACUAUUUCAUUUAUAGCAUUUAUAUCACUCCAUAAUCACUCAUACCUCAGAAUUGUAAGCUUUUAUUGUUAAAACAUUUUUAACCAGAAUAGUGAAUGCAUGUUUGGAAAAUUGGUUCUAAGGUCUCAGAGUCUGUUCUUAACAUAAUGUAUGUGUGCACAUCCUGUCUUUUGAUUCAGCUAUAUCUAAGUUUUAUUGUGGUUCAUGAUCAAACCUAUAUUGUAAAAACUGGAAUGUAUUGAACAUAAUUGUAUUUAUUAAAUAUUACAUUCAUAGUAUGUAUGUACUGCUGGUUGAUCUAAGAUUUUAAAAAAUGAUGGUAUUACCUAUGAUCGAAACAUCUUUGUAAUGAAAUGAUUUUUUUUUACAAAAUCGCCCACCUUAACUUACUACAAUAUAUAUUUUGUUAUUACAUUUCAAUAGAAGAAAUCCAAUUUUUUAAAAUUAAACUUAACCAAAAUAUGAAUGCAGCCCAUUGUUUGUACUUUAGUUGGACACCAUCCUGUUGGUAUAUGACUAAUCAUUCUCAACCAUUUUUUUGUAUGAUGGACAAUUUUCUUGUAAUUAUAAUCUUUAAAAAAAUUCAUUAAGCCCUUUACAAAAAAAAAAAAAUAUUAUAUUGGUGUUAGCACUGUUAGCUAGUGGUUCCUGUUGAGAAUGACAGAUAUUUGCAAUAUUGUUUUGUUUUUUUAAACUGAUUCCUUCCAGAUUUUGUCAGGGUUACCAGUUCUUUGAAAUGAUACAUUGUACAGGUACCUACAAUAGUUCUGAGCAUGUUUAGCAAUAGGUGCAAGACUUAGAUAUGAUCAUGUGAUUGUUCAGUGAUAUUGGUGUACACAAAGAUCAUUGGUUUUCUUAUAACAUUGUAUUGUAUUCAUGUUUGUUUUUUUUUUACAUUGUCUGUGAAUAUAAAACUGCUUUCUAGAUGAUGAGAAUGUCCAAACUGUUGACAACUUGACUGGAAUAAGAAUAAAGUUUUAAUAAUUUGCUAUUUCAAUAAAAACUAAAAAAAAAAGAAAAAUAGAA